GUGCCAGUAAUGUCGACUGUUUUUGUUUCAGGUGCAGCCCCGUAGACAAAAGCAUCACCAUGAGAUUGUUGACGUUGCUUGCAUGCCUUAUCGUCACGACCAUCAUGGCUGCUGCCAACGACGACAGCGACAUCAGUAUGGUGAUGUUCACCAAAUUCAAGAAACGAUACAGGAAAACUUACAGCAAAGGGACCCAGUGCUCGUACUUUAGGCGUUGGAAGAACAGGAAACGGAUGGUUAAUCGGCACAACCAGGCCACCGCACUCGGCCAGACUUCUUUCCGUUUGGUUGACAACCAAUUCGCAGAUGAAAGUGACGACGAAUGGAAAUCGAAACUGUUGGGUCUUGCCAUACCUGGUGAAUUCAACGCCAAAAAAUUGGGGAUCAAAGAAUUAACGUCGAUCGACCCCGAAAAGGAUGUCGGCGACCGACAGAUCCUCUCAUCCACCAUAACCAUUCCUUCUUCGCUCGAUUUGCGAAGACAUCCGUGCAUGCCGCCGAUCAAGAGUCAAUCUUCUUGCGGUGCAUGUUGGGCUUUCAUUGCCACUACGCCCGUCGAGUUUCAAUCGUGUUUGAGGAACGGCAAUCGGACUGUCAUCCUGAGUGAACAACAGCUGAUUGAUUGCAGCGGCCUGUACGGCAAUUAUGGCUGUCGUGGGGGCUUCUACACACUGGCUUGGGACUACCUCUUCGAUAUCGGUGGACAGACGACCAAUUCCACUUAUCCUUACAGAGCAGCGGCUGGAAGUUGCCGGUUUCAACCAGGCGUUACUCGAGUGAGCGGCAGAGUGUCGAGAUACUUUUACCUGGACAGUAACGAAAGGACUAUUCUCUCUGCGCUGCUGCAGAGGGGUCCCAUCGCCGUCUCCAUUGUGGCCAAUUCGAAAUUCAUCCUCUACAGCUCCGGCAUUUUUGACGACGAGACGUGCAAGGAGGGAACGGUUAAUCAUGGCCUCGUGCUGGUGGGUUACGGCACGGCCAACGGCACCAGCUAUUGGAUAGCGCGCAAUUCGUGGGGUCCGAGAUGGGGCCAGAACGGCUACAUCCUCAUGAAACGUAACGUCAACAUGUGUCGCUUAGCCGACUACGCAUUCCUCGCCCUGCCCUAAAUUGUUGUUUCAUAGCCGUUUCGAUCGUUAACGUCUCUUCUCGGCACUCUGUAAAACGUAGACGUGCUGGAAUCUUUUUGUCGAGUCACGCGUUCGAAACAGCUGUCGCCGUGCAAACGCCGCUCGUUCGAAUCAUUUAUUGGUCUCGCUGGUCAAACUGAUUUGGCUCUUUUUAUCCAUUGAAAUACACGAUUAUUACGCCUU